CGUAGCGUCAUAGGCUGAAGCAGCCGCCGGAAAGCCUUGCUACUAAAGUAGGCGAUAUGUGAUGAGCGCAGCGCUAUCAUUUCGGCAGACUCACUGGUGCAAGGACGGUCAUGUGGUUCCAUUGCCUUUAUUUUUAUUUUUCUUAUUUUUUAUUUUUUUUCCUUUGCGAGAUGCAAGUCCGCCUCUUCGCAGAGUCCAUCCAAUUCCCUGCCUGCAUCCAAAAUGCAUGCCUGACACCGUCACAUCUGGCCUUGCGGUGGUGGCCUGACGGCUAUACCUGAUUCGGGCGGUAUGGUAUGGUAAGCAUCGGCCUCUCCCACCCCUCCUCCUCCUCACUUGCCCACUUUCAUACACUAAGAUUAUGUACUACUGCUGCUCCUAUGCUCUGGGUAGAAUGUAACC